AAGGAACACCCUUAGUUCCCGAGCACCGUGACCGCGCAGCCGCGUUGGCGUCACUUCCGCCCACUCGAGAUCCGCAAGAUGGCUGCUUUGUUGUUGAGAUAUGCUGGCCGGCAUUGUCUCCGUGCUCAUCUAAGCCCCAGGCUCUGUGUCAGAAAUGCCAUCCCUCUGGGAACAGCAGCUAAGGAAGAGAUGGAACAUUUCUGGAACAAGAACAUAAAUUCAAAUCGUCCUUUGUCACCUCAUAUUACCAUUUACAGUUGGUCUCUGCCUAUGAUGAUGUCCAUUACCCACCGAGGCACUGGUGUUGCCUUGAGUGCAGGAGUAUCCCUUUUUGGAUUGGCAGCUCUGUUGCUUCCUGGAAGUUUUGAGUCUCACUUGCAACUUGUGAAGGCCCUGGGCCUAGGAUCAAGUCUGAUCUACACAGCUAAGUUUGCUCUUGUCUUCCCGCUUAUGUACCACACCUGGAAUGGAAUCCGGCACUUGAUGUGGGACCUAGGGAAGGGCCUGAAGAUUCCUCAGCUCUACCAAUCUGGAGUAGCUGUCUUGGUUCUCACUGUGUUGUCCUCUGUGGGACUAGCAGCCAUGUGAAGGGAUAAUAUAUCUCCAUCUCCUCCAAUGAAGGAUCAAGUUUGCCUUCUUCCUUUCCUUCAGCCACCCAUUCCCUCAGACCAGAGCAGAACCAUUCUAUUUGUCUUAGAUUUCAGUAUUUUUGAAGGAGGAGUCCUUCAAAAGUGUGGGUCAUAAGUAUUGGAACUGUGGGAGGAGUUCCAAAACUCUCCUCCCUAGAGAAAACUGCAUGAUAAGACUCCCAAACUCUUCCUCUUCUCCUCUGCCUGCCCUCCUACCCCUCCGACUACCUUUCUUGCUGUGGUUUUAUCCUCUUUCCUCAGGCCUACUCACCCUCUUUCCCCAUUUGACUUUGACUUGUGCUAAGGGUCAAUUAUUGGCUACCCCAUCCUGAAGCAGUAAAAACAAUGGUAGUUCUGUGGCCUCUGCCUUUGGGUUGGGGAGAAAGGCUUUGAGUGCCAAUGGCCGUGGGUUGCUGGCUUAAAGGACAAGGCUGCCCAUUGGAAAUGGCCCAGAGUCCUAAACCACCCACACUUUGAGAGAAAAGGGAACCAGCCUAUCUGGGUGGGAGAAGGAAGGGAGGGUGAGUUGGCUCCCUGGAGGCUGCUGAUGCUCUGUAGGGAGAGGGUAGACAGUUCUGGCUCAGGAAAGGAUUCAGAAGAUUCUCAGUCAACACCUUGGGAAAUCUUUCUUUUCAUGGCACUUGAAAAACAAACCUCUUAAUUUCAUAUUUUCCAAUAAAAUUUCAUGUGACAUCUUAUUCUGUAAUUAAAUUAAAAUCACUCAC